AUGUCGAACGUCGUACCUGGUGUCUCCCCGGACGCCCCGGCCCCAUCGGCCGUCUCGAACCGUCCCGACGUCAAGCGCGAUGCCCACCCCUUCUCUCGUAGCCAGCUCGAGGGUCUCAUGACCAAGCGAUUCUUCUACAUCCAAGCAUUCGAGAUCUACGGCGGUGUCGGUGGCCUGUACGACUACGGUCCUACUGGUGCCGCCCUUCAGGCCAACAUCAUCAACCAAUGGCGCAACCACUUUAUCAUCGAGGAGGAGAUGCUCGAGCUCGACACCACCAUCAUGACAUUGGCAGAUGUGCUCAAGACCUCGGGCCACGUGGACAAGUUUGCCGACUGGAUGUGCAAGGAUCUCAAGAACGGCGAGAUCUUCCGUGCCGACCACCUCGUCGAAGGCGUCAUCGAGGCUCGUCUUGAAGGUGACAAGCAGGCUCGUGCCAAGGAAGCCGGCGAGAGCAUCGCUGUGCCCGCCGAAGCAGCUGGUGGCGACGACAAGAAGAGCAAGAAGAAGAAGGUCAAGUCGUCGGCGGUCAAGCUCGAUGACGCUCUUGUCGCAGAAUACAACUCGACCCUCGCUCAGAUCGACAACUUUGACGGCAAGCAGCUCGGCGAGCUCAUCCGAAAGUACGACAUCCGAUCGCCCGAAUCCGGCAAUGAAGUCUCGGAGCCCAUCGAGUUCAACCUGAUGUUCGAGUCGUCCAUCGGCCCUACCGGACAGGUCAAGGGCUACUUGCGACCCGAGACCGCUCAGGGCCACUUUGUCAACUUCCAGCGUCUCCUCGAGUUCAACAACGGCCGUGUCCCCUUUGCCAGUGCUCAGAUCGGCAAGUCGUUCCGUAACGAGAUCAGCCCGCGUGCCGGUCUGCUGCGAGUGCGAGAAUUCACCAUGGCUGAGAUCGAGCACUUUGUCGACCCCGAGGACAAGAACCACGAGCGAUUCGACGAGGUCAAGAACAUCGAGGUGCCCCUGCUGGCCAAGGAUGUGCAGGAGUCUGGCAAGACCGAUAUCACGGUCAAGACGAUCGGCGAGGCGGUCUCUGCUGGUGUGAUUGACAACCAGACGCUGGGCUACUUCAUCGGACGCAUCUACCUCUUCCUGGUCAAGAUCGGCAUCGAUGCUACCCGACUGCGCUUCCGUCAGCACAUGAGCAACGAGAUGGCGCACUACGCCAGUGACUGCUGGGAUGCCGAGAUUCACACUUCGUACGGCUGGAUCGAGUGUGUUGGCUGCGCCGACCGCAGCGCUUACGACUUGACGGUGCACAGCAAGCGAACCAAGAAGGACCUGGUGGUGCAGAAGGCACACAAGGAGCCCAAGGUGUAUGAUGCAUUUGUACCCACCAUCAUCAAGAAGAACAUCGGACCCAAGUUCAAGAAGGAUGCCAAGAUUGUCGAGGAGGCCAUCCUGGAGAUGGACCAGAAGAAGCUCGCCGAGCUCGAGUCGCAGCUCAAGAAUGGAUCUGCCCCGCUCAAAGUCUGCACCGGCCAGACCUUCGAGUUGACCACCGAUGUGGUGACGGUCGAGAUGAAGACGAUCCGCGAGACGGUACGCGAAUUCACUCCCAACGUCAUCGAGCCCUCCUUCGGUAUUGGCCGAAUUUUCUACUCGCUGUUGGAGCACAGCUUCUGGACGCGAGCGGAAGACCAGGACCGUGGUGUGCUCAGCUUGCCGCCGCUGGUUGCGCCCAUCAAGGCGCUCAUUGUUCCCAUCAGCUCGAACGAGAAGCUGGCGCCGCUGGUCAAGCAGGUGAGCCGCAAGCUGCGCUCGGCAGGUGUUGCUUCGAGAGUCGACGACUCGAACGCCAGUAUCGGACGACGCUACGCACGAAACGACGAGCUGGGCACUCCUUUCGCCUGCACGCUCGACUUUGCCAGUUUGAGCAAGGGCACCAUGACGCUGCGAGAACGAGACUCGACCGCCCAGCGUAUUGGUCCUAUUGACCAGGUGAUUGACGUCAUCCGCCAGCUUUGCGACGCCAGUCUGGACUGGGAGGGUGCUUGCAAGAUCCUUCCCGAGUACUCCGGCCAGCAGGAUGUCGAGGCUUAG